GGAGCCGGGAGCCGGGAGCCGGGCCGAGUCGCCGCCGCCGCUGCAGGGCCGCCUGGUCCGCGAGGCCGCGGCUGCAUGGAGCCCCCGGAGGGCGCCCGCCCGGGAGAAAUAGUUAAGGAGAUUGAGGUGCCACUGGCUGCCCUGGAUGCCCCAGCCCCUGGGACAGGGGACAGCAGCCACUUAGCUGUGGCCGAGGAGGAGGAGGUGGGAAUCCCAAUACCGGCACCAGGGUUCCUGCAGGUCACAGAACGAAGGCAGCCACUCAGCAGUGUGUCCUCCCUCGAGGUGCACUUUGACCUCCUGGACCUCACUGAGCUGACCGACAUGUCCGACCAGGAACUUGCCGAGGUCUUUGCUGACUCCGAUGAUGAGAACCUGACCGGUGAAUCGCCAGCUGGCCUGCACCCACUGCCCCGGGCCGGCUGUCUGCGGUCCCCAUCCUGGACGCGGACCAGGGCCGAGCAGAACCGCGAGAAGCAGCACCUCGGCGACCCUGAGCGGCAGCCAGCGAUUGUGGACACGUUUCUCACUGUGGAGAGGCCCAAGGAGAACUAGGCCAGGCAGCCCCAGGACCCAGGCAGAGGAAAUGUGAUGUGGCUCCGUGGACACUCUGCCCACCCCACAUGGCUCUGGGUCAGGGUCUCAAGGCACCCAGCACAAGCACAGCCCAGUGGCCUGAUGUCCAAUUCCUUCCUGGUCCCUGGAUCAGGGCUGACAAUGCCCGGGGAUGAGACAGGAGUGGACUGGGCCUUCUGGAACCUUCUGUCCACAGGACUGGUGCUCUCAUCUGUCACAAGGUUCCCGAGUGGAUGCUGGGUGACGGGGGGAUCUGAGCAGAUGACUGCCGCUCUGCAAAGCCCUGGGGUCUAGCCAAAUGCGUGGGUGGAAGAGUCUGUCCUGAAAACUUCCACCUUUGUCCAAUCCUGUCCCCCUCCAGCCACCCAGGGGGCAGUGCCAGCCAUGGGGCCCCUCCCAGGCCCAAGACCCUGCUCGUCUUGGUCCCUGCAAGACAGCGGGCCCACCCUCCUUAGCUCAGAACACCAAAUACGGCACGACUGCCUCAGACUGCUCGGAGGUGGGCCACCUUCUUCCAGUCCCUUGCCCAUGCUGUCCCCACACCCUGUCGAUGCACAUCCUGGCCCAAGGGGGGUGGAGGUGUGGGAGAACGUGGGCACAGCCCCUGGCCCCCAAAUCAGGCCACCAGGCUCAGCUGCUCCCAACACUGCUUUUUCUGUGCUAAGGGACAGGACAGGCUUCUGGUCUGAUUGCAAGUCCAAGAUUGGUUUUAAAAUAAA